CGGAUAUUGCAUUACAUUAUUGGGCAACAGCAGAAGUUAUGAACGAGGGAUUAGCCAUAAUAUCACAAUUGAGUGGUACAAUAUGGAACGGAAAUUUUAAAUCAUAUACAUCGGUGCUGGUCUUGAAAUAUUUUAAUUCAUCGCCAAUUAGGAAAAUUAGAAUGGUUAAUCCUUCAACGAAUUAUGAUGAGAAGUUUGUACAAGAAAUACAAAGUUAUAUAAACACAGUGUCUUUCUCUAAGAGUGAUUGGGGUGUAAGACUUGAUCCUUUAGAUGCCAAUAUUACUCGUGCCGUGAGCUUUGGACUUAGUGAAAUGCCAAAAAAAGCUGAGUGCCGAUUAAAACUUGGAAUUUGCAAUAUGGUAGCAAGUGUUGCUGUAGGUAAUGUCGAUCAAAGUCUUGGAGAAGUAUCUAUCGCUAAUAACAUCAUAGUAACACGAAUUGUAAUAAUAGCAUUGAUCUUGUAUGGAAUAGCAUUAAUUAUCAUACCAUUAGCGAUUGCUGGGAUGAAUAAUAUUGAACGUUGGAUAAUCUAUGAACCUAUAAGAACUCCUUCUUGGAGAGCAUGUUUUAAGAGCAUUAGAUUUCAACAGCAAUUGCUCAGCCAAGAUCACGCGGGCAUUGAGCAUAGGGAUGGUCAUUUUAGCCCUUUUAAACGAUGUUGUUUCAUCAGUUGA